UAUAAUUGGGCACCGACACACAACAUUAAAAUCGAGACUAUAUAUAUCAGUUACAAAUUCGUUUCCGCCAACUUGUCUCCACGAAAAUCAUUUUUCGAAAAACAUCGCAUUUCAUUGGGAAAGGAAAUGGUUUUGAGACAGAUUAUUGGUUUUAACAAAAGGGAAUGCCAUCUGUUGUUGAAAAUGCAUACUCUCUUCACUUUCUUUAAUGUCUUUUUCAUCGUUCCUCUCAUUCUUGGAUUUGAAGAAGACUGGAGAUGCGUAUUAAAGGGCAUGCAUGAAACCGCGGCUCUUGCUCUUCUGCCCUAAUGAUAUCACUCAAUAAAGCCAAUACUAAUACUUUAGAUUUCAUGAAAAAGAAAUUAAAGCCGGGCGUUAAGGCAAAAGCAAGCCGCAAGUGAAAAAAAAAAAAGCACUUUUUUUUCUUUAAAUCUAAGAGCCGUUUGUUCUUGUAAAUAUUAGCGGGCAAUAUACACAAAUAUACAGCUGCUAAAUUUUCAUAAAAUAUUUAAACUCAAUUUCAUACUUGGCAAUUCCAAGGGCUUGAAUCCCCUCGCUGAGAGACAGAGCUUUGAGCGGUAUCUGGGCCUUCUACCAAAGCCCAAAUGCGUUCAGCACACCUUCCUACAUUUUUUAUUCUUUCUUUCUCCCCGACACCAAACCUUGGGGGUGUGUGUGUGUGUGUGUGUGAUAUUAAGAAUAAAUAAAAUGCAUAAUAAAACUUAAAAUGUUAAAUCGGAAUAACUCGCGACCAGGCUUGGACUGGUACGUCGGGUUCAUAACUCGUCACGAGUUGACUCGGUUUCUAAACGAAUAAAAAAAAACAAGAAAGCAUGUGGCCGAAAAAGAAAUGCGACGCUUGGGCCUUUUUGUUGCAACCUUAAACCAACCCGGUGAUUAAACAAGAUGUCCAGAGGAAAAAUGGUCACAAAGCCCACAACAUCCGAAUCAAUUAGUGUAACAAACCUAAUCUUGAAACCGCCAGGGAUUGUGAUGAGAAAUCAGCCGUGGAAAAAUGGGGAAGGGGGACCCAACAAACCCUGAGUUGUUAACUUUGAUGCGUGAUUCUCAAAAUUAGUUUCUCAUCAUUUUAAUUUAAAUGCCCAUAAGUUCAUCCCAAAAAAAUUAAUUUAAAAUCCAUAUAAAAAAGGAUUAAAUUACUCAACCUUGAAGGACAAGAUGAACCUAUGGCUGCGACGCGCCGCCGGAGCUCUCAAGGACGGCAACAGCCUCAUCGUGGCGGACGACUGCCUUAAGAUCGCCGUCGUUAAGGCGAUGAGCCACGACGAGCUCUCCAUGGACUCCGGCAAAGCCGAGUUCAUCUACCGGUGCGUACGGACAUCCCCCUGGAGCCUCAGACCGCUCACAUGCGCCAUCUCCUCGCGCGUGGACGGCACGCACAGCUGGGCGGUGGCUCUCAAGGGGCUGAUGCUGGUGCACGGCUUCUUCCUCGACAAGGUCCCGGCGGCGAACUCCAUCGGACGGUUGCCUUUCGAUCUCUCUGGAUUCGGCGAGACACGUUCGCUGCUGACCAGAUCCUCCGGAUUCAACCACUUCGUACGAUCUUACUUCGAGUUCCUGGACCAGCGAGCGAUCCUCUUCCACGACUCGAACCUUCUUCACCGGCAAGUUGAAGAAUCAUCGGUCAUGAUCCAGCUCGCGAUCAUCCGUAAUAUGCAGGAUCUCGUCGAUUCGUUGAUGCGAAUCAAACCGAUCGCGGAGAAUAUGAGGACGCCUCUGAUAAUCGACGCCAUGGAUAACGUAAUCACGGAGAUCGUGGAGGUCUACGGUCGGAUUUGCAUCGGAAUGGCGGAAGCUCUGCCCAAGGUUCACUCGAAGACGGGGAAACCGGAAGCGGAAAUGGCGUUGAGGAUCGUCGCCAAAUCCAUAUCGCAAGCAGAAGAUCUCACCAAGUACUUCGAAUUCUGCCAAGAAUUCAAUGUACCAAAAGCUGGCGAGAUCCCAGAUUUCGUAAGGAUUCCAGAAGCAGACGUCACAGUGCUCGCGAAGCUCGUCGCCGCACGCGUGGAGAAAGAAGAGCAGCUAGAAGGGAGAUCGAGGGAAAAUCUGGUAGGAGAUGCCGAACAUGGGAAUGUUUCUUCAGGGAGAGAAAGGAUUCCGGAUUUAAUUAGCCUCUAAUUAAGAUGUUAAUAGAAAUUAGCCUCUAAUCGUGUGAUCUCUCUAAUCCACGGAUCUGUUCGUAUAGAUUCGGUGCAAGAUUCUCGUAUGAUAGACUUUCAAACUGAAAUGGAUUAAAAAUGAUGUCUGAA